AUGGAGCAUUUUCAUAAUGCCUCUGCUUAUUGUCAAUGUCUCAAGUCCCUUGCGGAUCAAUUGAAGAACGUUGGCGCACCGGUGUCGGACAAUCGUAUGGUUUUGCAAUUGGUAGGUGGUCUUACAAAACCGUAUCGUGGUGUGGGUACGGUAAUCCGGAAAAGCAAUCCUCUUCCUCCUUUCUAUAAGGCUCGGUCUAUGCUUGUUCUUGAAGAGGCCGGGAUGUCUAAGGAAGCAGCCACCGAAUCAGCUAUGGUGGUCACUUCGAAUGAUGACGGUCCGAUUAUUUCUGAAAAAUCGGGUCGUUCUAAGGGGAAGCAAGGUGUGCAGCACUCUGGAGGUCGCCGCAACAACGGUGGCCGAAAGAACAACAAUUCCGGUGGUGGCGGACGCGACUCCGGCAGCGGAAAAGGUGGUGGCCGGGGACAGAACUCUGGUGUCCAAGGUGGGAGCUCAUCAUUUUUGAAACAGCAGCAGCAUCAACCUUAUCCUUGGGGUUGGUAUGGUCAAGGAUUAUCGGACGAGGAUGCCAAUAAUGAGAUGUGA